AUGUUGUCGUCGUUCCGUGGGCAUAUUCGGAGCGCUACUGUCGAGGUCCACGACGCCGGACACCUACUUGCUCUAAUACCUUUAAUCAAACAGUUUCCAAACAUCUCACAGCUAGAGGUUGUGGUCGAAAAUUCUCGUUAUUUUGAAAGAACACUCUAUCUGGCAACUUUCCGUCUCCUCAGCACUCUACCAUUCUACGAUAACCUCAAAAUACUUGAUUUGAGAUGGAGUGGCUAUUAUGAAAAGCAAUAUCGUAAAGGAGAUUCGAAGUUUGCUUAUCUAGAAGCCGCAGAAUACGUACCAAACGGCAAGACUGUAGAAUAUGAAGAUGAGUUCUCUGGGCUCAUUUCCCUACCGGAACCACCAUAUAAAGUGCGGAAUAGUGAAAAGAAGCAGUACAAAUUCCGAUUGGCGCAGUAUGUACAAGUACAGCGAGACUUUCUAGGACCUUACAUCCGGGAAAAAAAGUUUAUUGGGCGCUUAGCCGAAAUACGCCUACCGAAAGAACUUAAAUCGCUGGGAUUGAGUAUUCAGCAUGCUGAAAUUCAUUUACUCCCCCUGAUCAAUUGCGCGACAUUGGAUACCCUUAUCCUCAAAAGGGCGAAAGAAUUGAAGCACACUACCAACCCCACCAACCCGACUGAAAUCCUCCAAUUCCCAGCAAUAAAGACACUCGUGUUAUCCCCAGACACCGAUAAGAUUACCCUCUACUUACGCAAAUUAACAUUCCAAUUUCCAAAUGUGGAAUCGUUCAGGCUGGUUGGCGGCUUUGUAUGUCCGGACGCGGAUUUCAACGACUUACCCAAUUUUCCAAAUUUGAGGCAUUUGGAAACUUUUUGGCCGAUAGAUCGUGGUGUUAUUAAUUAUGAAAUUGAAGAUGUUGAAGGUUUCUUGAGAUUUAGGUUUAGGUAUGGAGAGUGGAGGGAGUUGAGGAGCGUGAAGUUCACCGGCUGUGCAGAUAAGCUGUACCCUGGGUCAAAAGAACACCGCCACAAGUCGUUAGUUUGUAAUAUUGAGAGGAAAGAUGGAGAGUACUUGUUUGACUGGACAACCUGCGGGUGGUAA